ACCAGCUGUUUAUGCAAAUAAAUGGGCGUGUCGGAAAAGUGGACGGGGAGAGAAGAAGCGUCGAUAUGCAGAUGAGAGGGGCGUGGGGAGCGGACGGUGACUCGGAUCCCCGGAAGAGCGAGAAACCCCGUAUAAAAAACUACUGAGGACAUUCCCAGGCAGAACUCGUGAAAGCUCCAGAGACAGCCUUGCCGUGCAGGGCAAGGGGGAGCCGCUUCGGGAAAACGCGAGCCCUGUUAGCCGGCGGCAGAACGACGCAUGCCUGCAUGAACCCAUCUGAGCAAGCGUUGCCCGCUACGCCAGGCGGUUCCUCCGGCUGUGCGUAGCUGCACAGUCUGCCUGCACCCCUUGGCUCCUCAGGCUUCCUUUCCUUCCUGCUGUCGGUCAGAAAGGCAGUUCGAUCGCGCCCGUGGUGCAGAAGUGGAGCAAGAAGAAAGCUUGAAAAGACAACGGCUCUUUUUCUUACUUGAUCUGUUGAAACUUGCAAAAGGCGCUGGGCCAUGGCAGAUGAGGAAAAUAGUCGCGACGGCGACAGCGGCGGCAGCCCUACUGAAGCCAUUCCCGAGCCGUGCCUGGGUUGCUGCGAGAGCAGCCGCUGCAACGUGCUCAGCUGGGAACAAGUGCAGCGCCUGGACCGCAUCCUGAGCGAGACCAUCCCGAUCCACGGCCGGGGCAACUUCCCCACGCUGCAGAUGCAGCCGCGACAGAUCGUCAAGGUAGUGAGGAGCCGCCUGGAGGAGCGGCGCAUCGGCGUGCGCGAUGUGCGCCUCAACGGCUCGGCGGCCAGCCACGUCUUGCACCAAGACAGCGGCCUGGGCUACAAGGACUUGGACCUCAUCUUCUGCGCUGACCUGAAAGGCGAAGCCGAGUUCCAGACGGUCAAAGACGUCGUCUUGGACUGCCUUUUGGAUUUCUUACCGGAAGGAGUUAACAAAGAGAAGAUCACCCCGCUGACCCUGAAGGAAGCCUAUGUGCAGAAAAUGGUGAAAGUGUGCAAUGAUUCGAACCGAUGGAGUCUCAUCUCCUUGUCCAACAACAGUGGCAAAAAUGUGGAGCUGAAAUUUGUGGACUCUCUGAGGAGGCAAUUUGAGUUCAGCGUAGAUUCCUUUCAGAUCAAGCUAGACUCUCUCCUCCUUUUUUACGAAUGUUCGGAGAACCCAAUGACGGAGACUUUUCACCCAACUAUCAUUGGGGAGAGCGUCUAUGGGGAUUUCCAAGAAGCCUUUGAUCACCUUUGCAACAAGAUAAUUGCUACCCGAAACCCAGAAGAGAUCAGGGGAGGUGGUCUCCUUAAGUACUGCAAUCUCCUCGUAAGGGGCUUCAGGGCUGCCUCUGAAUCUGAGAUUAAGUCCCUCCAGAGGUAUAUGUGCUCAAGGUUUUUCAUUGACUUCUCAGACAUUGGGGAACAGCAGCGGAAGUUGGAGUCGUACUUGCAGAACCACUUUGUGGGACUGGAGGACCGCAAGUAUGACUAUCUCAUGACGCUUCACGGUGUGGUGAACGAGAGCACAGUGUGCCUGAUGGGACAUGAGAGGAGACAGACUUUAAAUCUUAUCACCAUGCUGGCCAUCCGUGUACUAGCUGAGCAAAACAUCAUCCCCAAUGUGGCUAAUGUCACCUGCUACUACCAGCCAGCCCCGUAUGUAGCAGAUGCUAACUUUAGCAAUUAUUACAUUGCCCAGGUUCAGCCUAUGUUCCCAUGUCAGCAACAUACGUACUCUACUUGGUUGCCCUGUAACUAGCCGUUUUAAUAGACUUGGUGGGGAAUGUGUUUUCUAUCAAGCAAAUAAAGGGAAGGCAGAGCUCCCCCUUUUUUAAAAAUACAGUGGGGUGUUUUUUGUGCAGUGGUGGUCUGCUCCAGUCUUGAAGCUUGAGGAAAGCUGUUGGUUCUUCUGUCUGAUGUAAUGGAGCAUGAUUUAGAAAAGAACUUUAAAAAUAAUUGGAUUCUACCCCAAAGCCUAGAGGCCUGUCAUGAAAAGCAAACAGGUUCCCUUGAAAUAAACCUGGGAGGAAUGCUUGAUGACAAUAUAGGUUGGCAAUCCCUGCUCCCAUAGCUAUGGCAUAGUGAAAGUUGGGAAACCUUUAUUUUUUUUUAAAAAUGGGAUCUUCAAAAGGAGGGAAUACAAGUGGGGGCAGGGAGAAACUAAAUACGUAUUCAGGAAUUUAAAGUUAAAGUCAUAACACAGGGAUAUGCUGGAAGAAGAUCUAUUUUGGAAUUACUGCCUUUGGGGCGUAUAUUAAGUGCUGUCAGUGGAACGAACCCAUACAACCAAUAGCUUGCUUGAAUAGCAAGCUUUAAGAGAAUCAGCUUUCUCCAAAAAUAAUAAUAAUUAAAAAAACAGCAGUAGAGGGAUACUUUUUUUUUUUAAUGAGGGGUGGGGAGAAGGACUGUGACAAAAGUCAUUAUUUCCAGCUGUGUGCACGCAUCACAUUUUUAAAAAAUAUGGGAAAGCAAGAAAACCAGCUGUAGCAAGCAUCUUAUGCUUCGGGACCAAAGAUUUCACAGAUAAGUUAUCCAAGCAAAGAAGAAAAUGUACUAGACUAUUAUAAAAUAGACAUUACUAUAUUUGUACACGCUAAUAUUAAACAAAAGUGCCUGAUGCUUUCAGAAAAUUUGAAAUGAGAAGAAUAUAGUUUUGUGGUUUAACCUUGCAUUUUGUUUUUUAUCAGGGACACAAGAAACAAAAAAUAAGCUUGUGAAUAAAUGGUGGAGGAAACGCCUAUUUUUUUUCCUGGCAAAUACCUAUAUAACAUUUACAUUGUUGGUGUGAUGUUAUCAUAGGUUCAUGUGUGCAUAUUGGUGUGUGUGUGAGUGUGUGUGUACUGGCGUGUGUGAAUCACACACGCAUACACAGACAUAUUUUCAAUAGGGUCUGGGAUAAUGUAGCAAUUAAGGAAUGUUUUAAAUAAAAUACAGCGUGUUUUCCAGUCUGCAACAGGAUAUCAUAAUACUGUGGGCACUUUGCAGAGACAGUUAAUCCUGCACCAGAAAAUCUGAAUAAACAAACUGCUAAUAAAUAAGGUGGGAUUCAAAUGAUGUAUUUGUUUGCAGGAACAUAACAGAAAACUCCAUUGGGUUACAUGUGAGCCAUGUCAGGAGAAACAUUUAACCUGCUAAUCCUUUCUUCCUCUACUUUGUACUGUGAUAUGGUUUUGAUGCUUAACUCCCUAGUUCAUUGACUGCAGGCCUAUCCAAUGUAUAAACACCCAUUGGAAUUUGGCUCAAAUGGAUAAGUGCCCAUGACAGCUAUGGAGUGUUGCCUUAGGUGGUGAUUUGGAAACUAAUUAUUAAUAUUGAAAAAGAGCAAGCAGAAUGCACUGUGCCUUUCAGGACCACUAAAUGUUAGUAAAUGUGAAAUGAACCAUUAUGAAGACUGUUGCACGGAUGUUUGAAAUCUAUAUUUUAUAUUUACACAUAUAUAUUUUUAUGCAACUAUUAAACAUCUUUCAUCUGGUUGUCACACUGCAUUUUCCAGCUUAGUACUGUAUCUUAUUUAAAAUGACUAAUCUUUGUAUUGGGACAAAUAACUAUCGUUUAAUUUCCUUUCGUUCAAGUGAUGAGCGGAGAGUUAGAAAUCAUCUUUCUGGGAGAUUUCCUUCCCCUCUUUAGUGAUGAUUAUGCAAAUGAGUUUAACUGUUUCUCCCCCUCCCUCCCCCACUUUUUCUUAAUCCCAAUUCCUGCCACUGGUCUUUUAAAAGCAAACAAAAAUCUAACUGAAUAUCUUGGUCACAAUCAAGCGCAGAGUGAACAGCUCUUGAGUCCAGGCACAUACAAUGUUUGGGUUUCACUGUUCUAAGUCUAAACCUGUGCUGGAUUGUGACCUAGAGUUUGUUUUCUUAAUGCUAAGAAAGGAAGCAAAGGUUAUGGUUUGGAAGAGGAAACUGGACCGUGCCACCCACCAGUGAGGAAUCAAUCAAAGGAGAGAAGUACAUGUGGCACAGCACAGUGUUCAAGCAACAUAAAAUAUUUAAAGUGGAGUGAUUAGUAAACUGCUAAGUGCUAACCAGGCAGUUUAGUAUCCCUUUGUCCUCAUAAAGCAACUGGCAAUGUAUUUGUCCUUUUCAUCCUUUUAAAUUAUAAAAACCUUCUGUUCUUAACCAUCCUUUCAUGUCUGAAAGCCAGUUUAACAGGACCUCAAUCUACUCCCGUCCCUGCAGGAAAUGUAAACUUAAUUUCCAUGUUCUGUCUUGAAAGUCCCAGUCAUCGCUUUUGCCUGCCUGUUAGUUACAUAUUGUUUCUUUUUUAAGAAACUAUAUAUAUGGUCAGAUCAGUUAUGAAAAUGCAAUGAUUAUUUCCAUUGGCUCAUUACUAUCCAGGAGGGAGAUGUGUUUUGUCAAAACCAGAGUCUAGCCUUUCCUGCUCAGAGGGAUUUCUGAUGGAAGCUGAGCAGAAGACUGGAGAAAUAGGAUCAGCUGGUAAUGUGGUAUUGCCUUUCCUACCACAGCUAUUUUGCUGCAAAUGAAUGAGUCAUCCGCUGUUGAAAAGGGUUUGGGGAUAUUUGGCAGUGCCUCAGCCACAAAUUGCUGAUAAUACAUAUAUGUAUUUUUUUCCUUUGGAGCAGCCUUUUCCAUCUUUUAUUAAGAAAACCAAAUACUGUUGUUGUUAGUCUGGGAUGACAGGGUGCGCACUUCCCCCGCCCCCCUUGUAGUUCAAGUAUCAGUUGCAUUUCAGGCCAUCAGCAAAUUCUCUUGCAUCACAUGCUGUAGAGUUUAAUUCACUUGAUGAAAUAAAGAUUCUCUCUCGCCCAAGUGGUAAAAUUCUCAGUUGUCCAUAUCUGCUAUGUGGAGUCCUGGUGAUUGCUUGUAUUGUUACACUUAUGUAAAUAUCACUUUCAUUUAUCUAAAUAUGUCAUUGUCAGUCCUGGGUCCUUUCAGUUCAGAUAAAUGGAAUUGUACUGUGUAUGUGUAAUCUGCAUUAUGCAGAAACAAAAGAAGAUUUUUUUGGGUGGGAAGCAAAACAAAAACUAAGAGGCAAAGAAAAAUGGAAGCAGGAUUUAUGUUUUUCAUAACUGUUUAAAUGCUUUAAAAUGUGUUUGCUGCUAUGUAUUGCACAAAGUUUCAUGCAUAGCUUAUAAAUGCUUGUUGUAAAAUGCUUGAUAUUAUAUUGAAGGCUCUUAUCAAUUCAGAGAAAGCUUUAAAUAGUUAAUAGAAAGAAAAAUGUGUAAAAGAAAAUGAAAAGAGAGGGAGAGAAAUAUCUAUCUAUGUCAUAUUCAGCACUUUUGUCUUUUUCCUGUUUUGUUUUGUUUUGAAGGGGUGUGUGGCUUUCUCAUUUCCAGUGCAACAGAGAAAAUCCCAAAUCCAUAUACAGGUUUUGCUGUUUCCUUUGUUAGCAAGCUGCUACUGCAACUAGUUAAACACCACAGGACUGGCUGAAUGUGGUAUCACAAACUCUUGUGGUCUGUAGUAAGCGAUGCUGAAUUUGUUCUCCUUUGGAAUUCUGCACAACUGUAAUCUUUAGCAAGACAUCCUGUUGCAUCAAACUGCUUCCCUUGGACUGUUCCUUUCAGAACGUUUUAACUCUGGGUUCUGUUGCAGGCUGAAACAAAAAGCAUAUGGAAAACAGACACUUUUAACCAACAAAAGUGUUUGCUUCAGCGCUACAGGGAAGAGAUUGUGAAUUUUGUUUACAGCAUCCAAUAUUUGGAUUUUUUUGGUAAAUAAAAUGUUAUUUUUUCUA